CGAGUCUUCCCCAAAUCGAAAUCACAUGCACGACGAGCGCUGUGUCGCCGCCAUUGCCCAACCACACGAAUCAUGACAAAGACAGUGGUGCUCCUGUGCGGAUGGAUGGGUGCCAAGCCACGCACUGUGGACAAAUAUGCGGGGAUCUAUCGCGCCAUGGGAUUCGAAACGUUUGUCUUGCUGUCGACGCCGUCCGAUUUUUUCAAGUCGCCCAAUACUGUGCACCGAUCGAGCUUUGAAUCGUUCCGGUCAUGGCUGUCCACCGUCGUGCCCUCCAGUGCAAGCGAUCAGAGCGUGGCGAUCGUGCCGCACAUCUUCUCGAACGGUGGCGCAAGGUCGUGGGUAUGCUUUCAACAUCACUUGCCCAAUUUGGGAUUGAACCACACGGUCCCAGCCAUGGUGCUGGAUUCAACCCCCACAAAGCCGCGUGAGUAUGCCUCCACAGACGCUGCGUUCACUGCUACUAUCCAAAACACAAUUGUGCGCGCAGUACUCACAACUCUCCUUGGGCUAUGCAUGCGAGUGUUUGAGUGUAUUGCCAUGUCACUGGGCCGCCAGCAUCCCAUUGACGUCAAUUAUGAGCGGAUCAUUGAGCAAGGCGCUGGAAUUCCCAAGCUGUUCUUGUACUCGGCGGCCGACCGCAUCGUGCCAGCCAACCAAAUCGAGUUUGCCGUCGCUACGGUCAAGUCGUUGGGCACGCCCGCGAUCGCCGUCGAUUUUGAGACGUCGGGCCACGUGGCACAUUACACGGUCGAUCCAGAGCGCUACGUCAAGUCGAUCCGGGAGUUCGUUGCGCAUUUUGUCGUUGGUGGCAAGGCUGCUUUGUAGCGUUCGACGGCAGUCGGUGAUGAUGGUGUGCUGGAUUGUGCAUUGUUCGUCCGUACAUCACGUUCCUGCAUUCAGCAGCUUGCGCCAGGCACCACCUGAACUAACGAGAAAAUUUCUUUGAAUUUCAACAACGCACGAAACCAUUUUGCAAA